AUGGAGGACUUCUAUAAUUCAGGGAUUAUUAAUGCAGUUACUAAUGAAACCUUAAUAUGUCUGAUCCUCAAAAAGAAAGAUUCUGUCAAGCUUAAGGAUUAUAGGCCAAAAAGUUUGGUGACGAGCUUAUAUAAGGCGGUGUCUAAAGUUCCAGCAACAAGACUGAAAGAGGUGUUGGGUGAAACAACUCAUGCUAAUCAAGGAGCUUUCGUGAAAAAUAGGCAAAUUUUGGAUGUUGUUUUAGUAGCUAAUGAGGCUGUCCAGGAUGCCAUGAAGCUGAAUAAGUCGAGAUUGGUCUUUAAGAUUGAUUUUGAUCACGCAUAUGAUCAUGUAGAAUGGAGAGUGGUCGAUGAUGUAAUGGGUAAAUUUAAGACGACUAGAGGGGUGAGACAAGGGGAUCUGUUAUCCCCCUUCUUGUUCAGUUUAGUUAUUGAUGUUUUGAGUAGGCUCAUGGAGAAGGCUCAAGAGUAUAACUUGCUUCAUGGUCUGUUUAUUAGAAGGGACAAAGUGGAGGUUUCUCAUCUCCAAUUUGCUGAUGAUACUAUUUUUCUUCUCGGGGUUAAGGAGUAA